AAUCGGUGAGCCAAGAUCGCGCCAUUGCACUCCAGCCUAGGCAACAAGAGCGAAACUCUGUCUCAAAGGAAAGAAAAGAAAAGAAGACAAGAAGAGGAUCAGUGCUGCCCUAAAGGAAAUAAACUGAUGUGACAGUGGCAGCUGCCCUUCCAGGAGCCAGCAGGGAGACCUGGGUGGCUGGGUGGGGACACCUGCAAGUCCCCACCCAAGCCGGCUACUACCCUAUCCUGCCUUCUCCGGGAUGCAGCUCAGGCCUUUUGUGACACCACACCCGACAGUCCUUGGGGGUCUGGUCAUUGCUGCUGGGUCCAGUGAGGUCCAAGCUCAGGUCACCCUGCCCCCUACCCCCCAUGCCAGAUCCGGCAUCGUUGUGGGCAAACAAUUAUCUGGAUGAUCUUUAUGGGGCUUAAGCUUGGGUGGGAGCAGAUGGGGCAUGAGCUAGGGAUUUGGAGAUGGCACACCCCCACGUCCCAGACAUUUAAAAGGCCCUCUCUGGCACUGGGCUAGGACAGAGGCCAGCAGGAAAGUGACUGGAGUCCAGUGACAUGAUGGAUCUGGAGGAGAAGACAGAGGAAGGCUCAGGCCCCUGUACGGAGGUCUGUCCUCAGGCGGGCUCCCCAGACCAGGAGGGCUUCUUCAAUCUGCUGAGCCACGUGCAGGGUGACCGGAUGGAGGGGCAGCGCUGUUCACUGCAGGCCGGGCCAGGCCAGACCACCAAGAGUGAGAGCGGCCCCACACCCGAGAUGGACAGCCUCAUGGACAUGCUGGCCAGCACCCAGGGCCGCCGCAUGGAUGACCAACGUGUGACAGUCAGCAACCUGCCUGGCUUCCAGCCCGUGGGGCCCAAGGACGGAGCACAGAAACGAGCUGGGACCCUCAGUCCCCAACCCUUGCUCACCCCUCAGGACCCGACUGCUCUUGGCUUCCGUCGGAACAGCAGCCCUCAACCCCCAACACAAGCCCCCUGAGGGCCUGAGCCAUCUUGGGCCUCACUUGGCCCCCAAAAGCUGAUAAAAGAAAUAAAACACUUCCAUGAGCAAAAGGAA